AUGUUCCCAUCUCAAUACAUCACGGCCGCCCAGCAGUACAAGGCCGGGACGCGUUUGACUCUUUGGCAGUAUGAGCCAGUGCAGCCCCACGGCCUGUCUGAGUACACUCGGAAUCCUCUACCGGAUGAUCUUCCCCCUGAUCACCUUCGAGAUUUCGAUCUCGAGAUGACUCGCAGCACACGCAAGGAAGAUGUCGACAAGCAAGCCGUGCUUCAAGUCAGCAAGGUCAUUUCCGGAGGCAACAAUAACACGGUUCAGGUCAUUCUAUUCGACGUCAUUCAACCGCCAGUUUCGUAUCGGGGCGAUGCUGCCAGGCUGCCCGGAGAUGGCACGCAGGUAGUCGGCUUCCUCUACGACACCGAGUUCUACCCCAGCGACGAGUACACAUUUUACAGCAACGCAGAACAGGCCGAUGGCAACCUCAGCCGCACUGACGCCGCACUCAAGCAUUUCUUCUCGAAGAAUAAGACUGGACACCCACAUGUCGUUCCCCAAUAUUACGGCUGCUGGGCGACCCGUGUUGAUACGUACGACAAGAACGCUUUCAGAUACGUCGGCCUUGUCCUCGAGGAGUACAUCAGUGGCCACUCAAUUGAGGAUAUUUGCGAUCGCGAUGAAUACGACGAACUUGUUCCUCCUGAUGGCGACGUCGUUUUCCACAUACCCGAAGAUGUUGACGAUGGAUUCCACACUUUGGAAAUUUCCAAGGAGCUGUGCCAAGAAGUCAUGAAGCAGGCCGUCAAUGGUCUCGUCGAACACAUGCAUAUCGGCGUUCAGCAUAAUGUCUUCGAGCCGCGCAAGGUAUUCAUCACCUUGCGCAACGGAAAGGUGGGUUUGGAUUGGCCGAGGGCUGUGCUGCUUGGCUUCACGAACACACAGGUAUGGUCAAAGACAAAAAUGGCCAAGGGCCCCAAGGGUCCCGUACAGUUACUGGAGCAUCUUCCCCAUCCACCUCAUCCUUUCCAGCGGUUUAGUGUCACAGGACUUGAGAACUUCAUAGGAUGGUGGCCCUCCCCUGAAGUGGGCUGGGAGGGCGACGAGCCAGAUGACUUCGAUAACGAAGCUGAAUUCGAUGAAUGGCUUGUGAGUGACGAGGCUUUCGGGCCACUGGUUGAGGCUGCGGAUGUGGAGGCCGAGCUGGGUGAGGGCAUUGAGUGGCCGCAUCCGUAA